UCCAAUGGGAGCAGACGGGGGCGUGUCUUUCUGCGAGCGUGUGCAAAAGUUAGCCGGCAAAGUGCAAAGUCUUAUUAAAGUGUUGUGGAGGAGAAUUUCAGCGGGUUAUUUCUCCUGCUGGGUUUAGAGAACAGCGGCGAUGCUGUUUCUGCUGCAGUGUUGUGUUUAACACGACAUUUUUUCGCUGGUUGCCCAUAGCGACAGCGCCCCGUGUCGUUAUUUACAGCCACUGGGGGUUAAAGACUGCAGGAGGAGGGCCAAGGUCUGGAGUGCUGGAGUCGGGAGACAACAUGUAAACUACAGCACUCGUUUUUUAGCCGCUUUUUGUUGUUGCUGUAGUUGUUGAAGAUGGCUCUGGGUCAGAAACACGGGCGCCUGCUCUGCAUGCUCUGCCUGACUUUCAGCUUCUUCAUCGUGGAGCUGGUGGUGAGCAGGGUCACCGCGUCUCUGGCGAUGCUCUCCGACUCCUUCCACAUGCUGAGCGAUGUUAUCGCGCUCACCGUGGCCCUGGUGGCCGUGCGCUUCGCCGAGAAGACCCAGGCCACCAGCAAGAACACGUUCGGCUGGAUCCGAGCCGAGGUCAUGGGCGCGCUGGUCAACGCCGUGUUCCUGACGGCGCUCAGCUUCACCAUCCUGCUGGAGGCCGUGGAGCGCUACGCGGACCCCCACGAGAUCGAGAACCCGCGGGUGGUGGUGUGGGUCGGCGUGGCCGGACUUGUCAUAAACCUGCUGGGGCUUUUCUUGUUCCACGGGCAUGCAGGAGCUGGUCACGGGCACUCCCACGGGGGACACUCUCACACCGGGGGACACUCUCACAGGGACUACGAGAAAUCUGAUAAAUUAGCCAGAAAGGAAGCUGAAGAGGAGGCUUACAACCUGAUGCUGAAGAGCAGCUGUGGUCAGGCAGGUGACCAUGCUGUCCAGAUUGAAUCAGACAUUAUCCGUAACAAGAGCGUUCAGAUGAAUGGCGACAUCUCUCUGGAGCAGCUGGAGGACAGUUCAGAGACAGCCGCCCAACUGAACAUGCGCGGCGUCUUCCUGCACGUGCUGGGCGAUGCCCUCGGCUCGGUCAUCGUUGUGGUCAACGCUCUGAUUUUCACCUAUGUGUGGAGGCCGUGCCAUGGGGAGGAGCACUGCAUUAACCCCUGCUACAACAGCCACUGCGCGGACCACCAGCACACGCACUCAGAAGAGCACGGCUUGUCUAAUGCUACCGCCAGUGAUGUCUUCACAGCUGGACCCUGCUGGGUGCUUUACCUGGACCCCACGCUGUGUCUGAUAAUGGUGGUCAUCCUGCUCUACACUACCUUUCCUCUUUUGAAGGAGUCAGCCCUCAUCCUUUUGCAGACCGUGCCCAAGCAGAUCGAUAUGCAUAGGCUGGAUGGCAAGCUGAGGAAGCUGGAGGGCGUUCUGGCUGUCCACGAGCUGCACAUCUGGCAGCUGGCCGGCAGCCGGAUCAUUGCCACGGCUCACGUCAAGUGCCACGAUCCAGGCUCCUAUAUGGACAUAGCCAAACGCAUCAAGAGCUUCUUUCACGAUGAAGGCAUCCACGCCACCACAGUCCAGCCAGAGUUUUUAUCUGAUGUGACGGAGUCCAGCGUCUCUGAGUGUGACCUCCCCUGUUACAGUCAGUGCGCCCCAAAGCUCUGCUGUGACACAAAUCGUAAAUCUGCAUCCGAUUCAGAAGUGCUGGUGGGAACAGAAGAUUCCUCCAGUCAGGACACUCCUCAGCAUCACACUGUCAGCUGGAAUAUCCAACAGGAGCCAGAAGCUGCUCCACAGACGCACAUGGAAUCUACUGUUUAAGUCAAGAACAAACACUGAAUACUGAACGCUCAAAUUAGCUCUAUUUUAAUGAUGUUACAUGUAUUACAUAUAUUGUUAAAGCUACUAUGAUGAAUUCACCAGCUGCACCAGAGCAACUGUUGAGACGAGACACAAGUCUCAGAAAUCUGCUUAUGGCAGAUUGUUGUUUUACCUCAGAACCAUGUUAGUUUUAUACCGACGGUACUGUAUGCACACCUGUUUAACAAAUUAACUAAAUACAAUAUCUGAUGUUUCUAAAGGACAUAAAACAUGUCUGUGCAAAUAAAAUGUGAAGGAGGUCGAGUUUAAAGGAGAUGCACUGUUUUAAUGGAUGUUGACAUUUUAAUACUUUAGUGCAAUAAUGAACUGUAUUAUUCUAUAGCUGUUACUUCAAGACAUUUGGAGCACUUUAUGGUCAUAAGGUCCACCUCUUGUUCAUUAUGAAGAGUACUACUUUAGCAGUAUAAAUAUGUAUGAAUACAAAUGUAAGAGUAAUGCAUUUACACUGUGUAUAACUGGGGCAGUAUGAAAAAUGCAAAAUAAAAAAUGCAGUGUUUCUUACAUUUA